CAUUUAACAUUCGUAGAAGACUAGUAUACCACCCUAUUUUCAACUCUAACAUGUUCCAUUUGCUACCGUGCGUGUUCGAUCCGCGACCCACUGUCCCACCCGACGCUUUUUUCGCGGUUCUUUCUCGCUUUCCAUGCCGCUAAGACGACGCUAGCCUACGCCGCCUGCCUGCUUAAUGUACGCCUCCCCUUUGCCUUUCUCAUGUCAUGUGAUGCAUUCAAGCAUGCAAUUAGGGUUUCAUAGAUUCACAAACCUUAGAGCAGCAUUUGCAUUCUUCGUAACUCCAAGGCAUUUGGAAGUUGGGGGAUUGGCCUUUCUGAAAGAAAGAGAAAUGGGAUCGAAACGGCUCCUUUCAAAUUCAUCAGUGCUAGCAUCAUCAACAGCUAUCAACAAGAAAGACAAGAAGCCAACUGAAUUCAUGAAUGAGUCACAAUCCGGGCAUGGUGUUUUCGAGGAAAAUGUUGUGAAGAGGAAUUUAGUUGAUAUUCAGAGUUUUCGGGAUGACCCAGACAAAGUUGAAGCAAUGACAGUUCAGGAACUCAGAACGACGUUGAGGACUGUUGGGUUGCCUGCUAAAGGUCGUAAACGUGAUCUUGUGUUAGCAUUUAAGCAUUUCCUGGACAACAACAUGACUGAUAAAAGUUCUCAGGUAACAAAUGAACAAGUUUCCUUUGAGAUGAAAGCUACUUGUACAGAGAAUAUUUCAUCAAAAAGGAAGACAGAGAAGUCAUCUGGGGGAGACCAUGUUAAAGACAUAAAUAUCUUUUCGACAGAAUCUGGAAUUCAAAGGCGUAAGAAAAGGGUAAAACAAAACCAGGUUGAGAAUAACAUUGUUAAAAUCAAAAAUAAAGAAAAACAGCGGCUGUCAAUCAACAGUGAUGAAUUCUCAGGCCAGAAGCCCCCCAGCACAAGGAGAAAAGUGUCUUCUGAAGGGGGAAGUGAAGAUGUUGACCGUGUUGGUGCAGUUGAUAUGUCCAUGAUUCUAAACGAACCAUGGACGGUUCUUGCACACAAGAAGCCGCAGAAAGGUUGGAUUCCAUAUAACCCUAGAACCAUGAGGCCUCCUCCUCUUACUGGUAAUACCAAGUCUGUGAAGCUGAUGUCUUGGAAUGUCAAUGGUUUGAGAGCCUUGUUAAAGUUGGAGGCCUGCUCUGCGUUACAGCUUGCACAAAGGGAGGAUUUUGAUGUCUUGUGCUUACAAGAGACCAAACUACAGGAGAAGGAUGUUGAGACUAUUAAGCAGUGCCUUGUUGAUGGCUAUGAGAAUAGCUUUUGGGCUUGUAGUUCCUCCAAGCUUGGGUACUCUGGUACUGCUAUUAUUUCACGGAUAAAGCCUCUUUCAGUCAGUUACGGCUUAGGCAUAGCAGAUCAUGAUACUGAAGGACGGCUAGUGACAGCUGAGUUUGAUACAUUUUAUUUAUUAAAUGCAUAUGUUCCUAAUUCAGGAGAAGGUCUAAAAAGACUGUCUUACAGGGUUACGCAAUGGGAUACAUCUCUCAGCAGUUACAUGAAAGAGCUAGAAAAAUCAAAGCCUGUAAUACUGACUGGUGAUCUGAACUGUUCUCAUGAAGAGAUAGACAUUUACAACCCUGCUGGAAAUAGAAGAAAUGCUGGGUUUACCAAUGAAGAACGAGAAUCAUUUGGAGCAAACUUCUUGUCUAAGGGUUUUGUUGAUACCUUUAGAAAGCAACAUCCUGGUGUUGUUGGCUAUACUUAUUGGGGCUAUAGACAUGGCGUGCGCAAAACUAAUAAAGUUGUUGCCCCUGUUUCUGCUGCACAGCGUCCUAAAAAUUCGGGGUUGUGGCUUACUGUGACAUUACCUAUGGUGGCAGAAGAAAGAAUGGAUCCAUUCACUUAUAAUAUGGGUGGCGGCUUGACUAUUUCCUCGUCUCAGAAUCGAUAGCGGACAACGUUCAUGAUUCAUAUAUUCUUCCUGAUGUUACUGGCAGUGAUCAUUGUCCUGUUGGCCUUAUCCUCAAGCUCUAGCUUUGCCGUGCCAUUGGAGCCAAUCUUUGCUGCAUUGAAAUUGGUAUAUACUUGGAUGACCAGAGCAAGAACAAAAUUGCGUUCUAUCCUGUGGUGUAGCCAGAACAGAGCAAAGUGUUUGUUUGCAAAUCCAAUCCUGGUGCAAAGAUGCAAGGUUUUGAAUUUUAUUGUUUUGCUAGGUUCUAAAAACCUAUCAAAGAUGCAGGGUGGUUCUAAUUUUGAAAUCUAAAAUGUUUUACUUGAAAAGUUGAAGAUUAUGAUUGAAAGUUUGAAAUCUUUGCAAUGAUAUGUGAAUCAACAGGAAAAUUCAUUUGAA